CUGGUUGACGUGAGGGUACUUUAACUCAAACACUAUGUGGCCGGGAUUACAAAAGUACGCAAGAAUGGUGAUGCUUAAGUUUAUAAACAAACGUUGUUGUGGUGUUUAUGUUGAAGCCACCUCAUAUCAACAAAUGUGUGGGUCAUUGUUCGCUUUCGUUAACUUGUCAGCAAGAAGAUAUCAUCAACAUGACAAUGCUUGUCAGAAUACGGGGUGAGAAUUAGAUAAUUCUAAUUUAUUGCAAUAUACACUUAAGCUUACAAGCACUUAUAUCUUGAUGAGCUCAUUAAAUUAGAAGAGUUUUUUUAGAUCCACGGUACCAAGCCAAUGGUUGUAGUGAUGGCCGAAGACUCUA